AUGGAUUCUGUUAGUUUGUUAUUUAAAGCUUUGAAUCAAUUAAUUGCCCCACCAACCUCCAAACCGUCAUUUUCGAAUGAGACAUCAGAAGAGCUUCUGGAUAGUAUUUUGCACAGGAAUCUUGCUGCCUUUCAGCAUUGUCUUGCAGAAUCUCAGGAUCUACAAGAUAUUAUUGGAGGCAGCAGUCAUUUGCUGCUCGAAGCUACUGGAAAGUCUAUAUUUCAUGGUUCUAAAAUUGUACCAAUUAGACAAAAAUUUACCGAAGUCUGUAUUAUCAUCUUGCAUCAUAUUUGUGACUGUUUCACCAGGAUUAUUUGUGAAGCUAACAAGGCUGUCACCAAAGAUAUUUUGGACUCUACAUCUGUAAUUCACCACGAUAAACCAAAACCAGCUGUGCCGGAUUUACCGCCAGAUGCUAUAAGCAUUCAACAGGAGAAGACAAUCAGCUCAGCUGUGCAGUUUGUAGUGGUGUUAGGCAUCUGCCCAUAUCUAAUUCCUGGUGUAGGAAUACCUGUCUCCCAGCGACUUGGUCCAGGGCAGAUAUUACUUGCAACUGGUCAUGACUACACAACAGAGUUGAAUGAUUUCAGCAGAAUUCAACUUCUGAUACCUGCCAUCAAACUGUUUUCUUCCAUGCUUGAGCUGCCAUCCUUCAAAGAUAUCAUACUGAAUAAUUACCUCACAGAUCUGAUAGCGGCUGUACUUCAGGUCCGGCAUUGUGUGAAAGUGAUCCUGCAGAGAACUGAAGUACCCAGACAAGAAAUCUCAGCUGUUAGCGCUGACUGUGGUGGUGGUGGUGUAAAAAUGGUUGAGUCCUGCGAAGGGAAUACUAGACAGUUGAAUCCUCAGCAGAAGAUCACUGCAGAGACUUUGUCCAAAGCUGGAGUCGUAUCUGAUCAGAUGGAGCUGCGUGACUGCUGUACUGCAAUAUUCUCUAAUGUAUUACCAGACAUGUGCCCUAAUACUUCAGGGCAGCCAUGGACAUUGCAGUCAAUAGCAGAAUUUUGUAGCAGAGUCUUGGACAGCGCAAUGAAAUCAUCAGCCGUGCCUCAUGUCUUGACACAGUUAAUGUUGUUGUCUGGAGGCACUCAGCAGAGGGAUGGCCCACGACCUGUGACUCCCAAGUGGUUCAGGAGGACAAUAGCUUGCAUGCUGAGAGAUGUGAUCAUGGUUCCACCAGGAGUUCAACAUCUGAUUACACUUUUUGUUGGAGAUUCUACACCAGAGAGUUCCCAGAACUGGCAAAAGUACAGAGCGGUUGCUCAGAUCAUUUCUCGAUGCCCUGUAACUGCUAGUAACAUGAGACAGUUCUACACUUCAGUCUCCAGACAGCUCAUUGAGCUGAUUCAGACUCCUGAGACCAAGGUAUCACCCCAUGUAAUCAGAGCAGUUGGUGCCACCAUUCAGGAGUUAACCAGCCUACAGUCAGUUCUUAUGCAAGAAGUCUGCCUGUCGCACUUGUUUUACCCACUGUUGAAGCUUUCGUGUGACCCAGAUGAUACAACAGUAAUGAAAGAUGGACAGAUUGUAGUUCCGGAAGAAAUGCUAACACAUUGUGUUGUUCUUCUGCAUAGGAUUUUUGUGAUUGGCCAGGAGCCACAGUCAAGUCUGCUGUCACAGCUGUGUAAAGUUGCCAGAAUUGUAUUUUCGCUGUAUAAUUUUACAAGGAGCAGUAUAACAUUAAUCAAGUCUCACACAUGUGACUUGAUCAAAGCUUACCUAACCCACUGUGACACAGCUGAGGCGGCAGAGUGCCUGAUAUCCCUUGUAUCAAACAGAGGGGGCCAUUCUCUGGAGAGUCCAAACAUCGGCAGUAAUGUUGGCCUGGAAUUUGGGCCGAAUGGUGGAGUGCAGGCAGUCUUCAUAAAGGAAAAACAGUUUGACCUGGACUCCUGGACUCAACCAGUGGAAAGUGUUAUGGAGAUCCUGUGUGGACUGAAUUCAGACGCCAUAACAUCCCAGCUGUUCCUCUGCUUGUUGCAGAAUCUCUCUGACAUUGUAAGCACAGAGUCUGCUAGCAUUGGUGUGGUCCUGCCUCCAAGAGUGUUGUCCACGAGCCAGCGGUCAGCCAAAUUGGCAGAACUGAGAGAAAAGAUUGCCUUGGUUAGCCUUCUGGCAUCUUUGGGUGAUAAAUAUGGAGACAAGGUGGUACAGAGCAGUCAUCAUGUCUUGAUAUUUGUGAAGGCUACCUUGGAGCGCUGUGUCAAAAUGUGCCAGUUGACCUUUGAUGAUGCUACACUGUCAUUUGAGUGGGAAACUGUUUCCAUGGCGAUGGGAUUGUUGACAGCCAUUUUGAGUGGAGCUCUAAUGUUAUCGGAUGCUGACAAGAAGAUUCUGGAUGAAAUACUGCCUCUGCUGACAGCAGUUUCUGAUUGUGAUAGUGCUGAACCAGCUGUGAAGGAAAUGGCUGACGAUCUCAAAGUUGCUGUGGCUACCAGAGGUUUGGUCUGGGCCGAGAUCAGCAAACUGAGGAAAACCAGAACGGAGCAGAACAAGAAACCUGAGACAAGCAAACCUGUACAAAUGAAGCAAAACAAACCUUUGAUACAAGUUCUCUCAGAAACAUCCAUAGAGGAAGGUCAGCCGAAGGCUUCAGAUGCUGAUGUAACAGAGGAUAUAGAAAUGACGUGUGAAAGUGAAUCUUCACUUGAUGCAUCUAAACCUGCUGGUAUAAGCAAGCUAGAGAAGGCUUUAGAGGAUUUGUGUGACCCACUGUUGCCUGUCAAAGGCCAUGGCCUGAUCAGUCUAGCCAGGAUGGUUGAGGACAGAGAUGGUGAGGUUAAGGACAAACAAGAAAUGUUAUUGAAGAUUUUCCUGGAAAACAUUGCUCAUGCAGACUCCUAUAUUUACCUUGCUGCUGUGAAUGGCCUGGCUGCACUCAGUGACCUGUACCCUGACCAGGUUAUUCCUUGUUUGACCUCAGAAUUUAGGUCGAUGUGUGCCAAAACACACAGCUCCAAAUCUGGAGAGACCGCUUUAAAAGUUGGAGAAUCACUUGUGAAAGCUACAAAGAGAUUAGGGGAGCUUACUCCAAAGUACCGUGAUCUGCUGCUGCCAGUGAUUCUGUGCGGUUGUCGCCAUGACGAUGCCCUUGUGAGAGCCAGUAGCUUGUCUGGACUGGCAGACGUAUGCAAGCUUUUGAGAUUUUCCAUUGGACCUAUGCUUCACGAGAUUGUCACCUGUUGUCGGGAUAUCAUUAAAUCUGAUCCAGAUGCAGAACCCCGAAAAGCUGCUAUACUGACUUUAACACUUCUGCUUCAAGGACUUGGCAGAGAUGUACUCCAGACUCUGAGUGAUGUCUUGUUAGAUAUCUACAGAGUGCUGAAGCAGUCCUUCACCUUUGACCCUGAUGAGAAGGUCAGAUUUAAUGCCAGCCUUGCACUUGGUGAGCUGGAUGAUAUCAUGAGAGAGGCUUUGUUUACCAAACCAGAGCUGAAAAAGACAAUCACAAUACUGGGCUAUCAGUAA